UGUCUCGCCUUGUCUCUCCGCUCUCAGUACUCCUCACUAGUUACUGGCUACCUGUGCUGGUUUUAGAAAGCAAACCAAAGCAAAGCGAAAAGCUGAAACCUUGAAAGCCGAAGUACUUAGCUAUAAAGAAAAAGAGAAAAAGAAAGAAAGAAGAAGGUAACCAAACAGUCCUUAACUCUCUCAAUUAAAACGAUUUUGCAUGUAAAUUGAUGCUAUUUUGUAUCCCCAACUCUCUAUCUCAACUCACUUCGACUCCUCCGAGUCCAACUCCAAAUGGCCAAUAAUCCAACCGAACCCCCAACCGACGAUUUCCUCCAGGAAAUCCUCGGGAUGCCUAACUUUGCUUCGGCUGAAGCCGGCUUGGUUGGAGCCGAUGCUGGCCUGGCUGGCGCCGCUGCUGCUCAAGCUUCUAUGAUGCUUCAGCUUAGCUCCGGUGAUGGUUCCGGCCACAUCUCCGACCUUGGCGGUGCUCCUGGAGGAGGAAGCGCCGGGUUUCACGGCUUUCCCUUGGGGCUUAGCUUGGAGCAAGGGAAGGGAGGGUUUCUGAAGCCCGAGGAGGCGUCUGGGAGUGGAAAAAGGUUCCGUGAUGAGAUUGUUGAUGGUAGAGCGAAAAAUGUUUUUCAUGGUCAACCAAUGCCCACAACGGUUGCUAUAGCACCGCAUCCACCAGCAAUGCGCCCAAGGGUACGGGCUAGACGAGGUCAAGCCACAGAUCCACACAGUAUUGCUGAACGGUUGCGCAGAGAAAGAAUAGCCGAAAGAAUCAGGGCAUUGCAGGAGCUGGUUCCUAGUGUCAACAAGACGGAUCGAGCCACCAUGCUUGAUGAAAUUGUGGAUUAUGUGAAGUUUUUAAGGCUUCAAGUAAAGGUAUUAAGCAUGAGUAGACUGGGCGGAGCUGGUGCUGUCGCACCACUUGUAACGAACAUCCCACUAUCAUCAGUUGAGGAUGAAACUGGCGAAGGAGGAAGAAACCAACCAGCUUGGGAGAAGUGGUCGAAUGAUGGCACUGAACGGCAGGUAGCUAAGCUAAUGGAGGAAAAUGUUGGCGCUGCCAUGCAAUUUCUUCAAUCGAAGGCUCUUUGCAUCAUGCCCAUCACACUAGCCACGGCCAUUUACCAUACACAACCACCAGAUACCACUACUAUUGUCAAGCCAGAAACAAAUCCCCCAUCAUAGAACCGUUGAAAGGGGGGGAGCAUCCCAUGGUCCUGUCUAAAAGAGUAAAGUCACCAAAUGCUUAGGGUCCCACGUCUUAUUUGUCACGUUUCAACCCCCACAAUCAAAUGUUCCCCUAGUUUCAAAUUGCAAUCAAAGUCAGAUGCCAUAGUUCUUGCUUUUGCCUUUUCUUUCCAGCCUUUUUUUUUUCAAACGGGGUUCGAUGUCAAUGCCUAAAAAAAUGCAGGCAGGCCCUUGGUGUCCUGCCAAGUCCAAGUGAGAGGAGAAUUUUCAAAGCUUACUCGAUAUGCUCUUCUUUUGGAAUCAGUGGUGGGGAAGUGGAAAAUGAUGGAAGCGCUUUUGUAAUGGGGCUCUAAUUUUUCGUAGUGGGUUGUGGGACCUUGUAAAAGAGGCAAGACUGACGGGUUAUAUAAAUAUAUCAUUAUUGUAAUAGUGUAUUCAGCGUAAAUGGAAUGCAAAGGUAGAAUUGGAUAA